AUGGAGCGAGCUGUUUUUGACGAGGCGACGAUGCUGGGUCUUCCUCUUGGAGUGUGGGAGGUGUUCGACCUCGUUACAAACUCGGCUGUAUUGGCUUUGUUCAGCGAUGGGGUUGCAUCACACGAUCCGACGUACGCCCAAGAUUUCUGGACCGCACCUGGGUAUCUCGGUACGGAGCAGUCGGAGCUCGGUGACUUGAUCAGAGCGCAGGCUGUGAAUCACACGGCGCGCAUCAACAGCAUCGAGAAGGCCGGGAACCAGACCAUUCGUCUCUUGCUGGACAGUGCACCUCCUACGCAGCCCGGUCUUCGCUUUGAGCUUUUCAAUGAUCAAGGGGAAAGUUCCGGCGCCCUCUUUGGCAAUUUGGAGGGCACAACUUUCACAAUCGAGGUAGACAAGAAUGAGGACGUCUUCUCUCUUGUUAACCAAAAGUCUACAGUCCAGGUCGACAACUUGCUUUUCAUUGCCGUACACGCAUAUUACCGUCAUCAGAUUCCCAAGAGAGAUGGGUUUUACGGCUUCGACCAAUUCAAAGACGUUACCGGCCAACCAAUUCAUCCCCAGCGCUCAGUCGAUGGUAGCCUCAACGCAGCCGAGUCAACGAGCCAGGGACGAUUCACGGGACAAAUUCAAGGCAAGAUGAUUGCCGUCAACAAUCUUCUCGAUUACGAUGCAUUCCCUUGGCACGCGGACUGGUACCGUAGUCAAGUAGAGAGCGCACUCGGUCAUCGUGCCAACGACAAUUACCGCCUGUGGUUCAACGAGCACGCUGACCACACCUUCGCCGCCGGGUUCGAUGAACGCCUCCCAGUUGGUGCGCGGGCUGCACGUAUCGUCGAUGCUUCCCCCAUUGUCCACCAAGCGUUGCGAGACCUCAGCGCCUGGGUAGAGCAGAGCAUCGAUCCGCCGCCGUCCACAAAUUAUACAGUUGUUGACGGUCAGGUUCUGGUUGCUGAGGCUGCUUCGCAGCGAUUUGGAGUACAGCCUACGGUCAUUCUGCAAGUCAAUGGCUCCGACAGAUACGAGGUUGCCGCCGGCACGCCGGUAACUUUCGAGAUGUUCGCUGAGGUUCCCCCCGGCACAGGCAAGAUCAUUGCGACGGAGUGGGAUUUCAUGGGCCGCGGGGAGUUUACGGCGGUGCCAUUGACUUCUGUCGAUGAGUCUGUCGACGCCUCGGUCCGCUUUGUGUACGAGAAGCCGGGGACUUAUUUCCCUGCCAUCAAGGUGACUGCGCACCGAGAUGGCGAUACAAAGGCUGUCUUUGGACGGGUCUCCAACCUUGGUCGGUGCCGAAUUGUGGUCUCCUGA